AUGAGACUCAGUGCUUAUGAAUCCUCUAAGCUUUACAAGGAAAGGAGGAAAGCUUAUCGUGACAAGAAAAUCUUCAAGAGAGAAUUCUACCCAGGCCAAUAUGUGUUACUGUUCAAUUCCAGGUUAAGGUUAUUUCCUAGAAAACUAAAAUCAAAAUGGUUAGGACCGUUUCUUGUAAAGGUUGUCAAACCUUAUGGAGCUAUUGAGUUGGAGGAUCCUGAAUCCAAAAGAAUUUGGGCUGUAAAUGGGGAAAGAUUGAAGCCCUACUUUGGUGGUGAGGUUGAUAGACUUGCCACAAUCAUCCAAUUGGACGAACCGUUUUGA